CAGCGUGGUCUGUGAUACACCGACUCCUUCUCCAUCAUGAUGCCACAUCUCCGUGGCCGCCGCUGUCAGCAAACGAUGUGGUCGCUGUCCCUGUGAUUAACGUGAUUUCGCUCAUUGAUCAACAUGUGCCAGUGAAAUCUGAUGACAAUGACAUGGCACGUUUCCAUGGUGAUUGUGACAAAUCUCGGCACGUGGAGGCGAGUGGCACGAGAUGUACGUGGAAUAGUCGAGAUGAUCACAAGUAAGAUGGCGGGAAAAGUGCCCCACUGACUAGCAGCCAAAUCGCUGGUCGAACUGCUGCUGCUGCUACCACAGCCAUGGCGUCGGCUGGUUCGGCGUCCGUGGAUCUUAACCUGGAACACUCGGAACUUGUGUUUUAUUCCGGGGAUCGGAUGAGAGGGGCUCUGGUCAUGCAGCUGGCGACACCGCUUACUAUUGCAGGUGUUGAACUUAGAUUCCGUGGAUCUGCACGUGCAAAAUGGCGGGAGCACGUUCACGAAGGCCUUCGACGAACUGAAGUUGAACAUGAAAAGGAAGAGAUUUACUUUGAUGAUCGGUUCUGUCUCUGGGGAAAAGUUCCAGAUGAAGGCCACUGGGAGAGUCGGGAAGUUCUCAAGAGGGGGCGCCACCUGUUUCCGUUCCAGUAUAAACUUCCUGAAGGGAUACCCUGUUCUUUCCAAGGGCCGGACGCGUCGGUCAACUACACUGUGCAGGGAAUCGCUGUGCGCCAGAGCGGCGAGAACCUUACCACACAAAAAACGUUUACCGUCCUCAGAGAUCUCGACUCAAAGCGGGAUUCUGAAAAACGAACCCCCUCGCCCCGACACCCCCUGGAGGAUCAUGCCGAACGGUCAUUCAGUACCGUGUGUUGCCGCCCUGGUCGAGUCUCCUGCUCGCUCUCUGUCAUUAAACGUGCGUACGUCCCAGGGGAGGUAAUCCGGGCGGACGUGCAACUCCAGAAUCUUUCCAUGCGCAAGUCCGGCAUCUGUAAAGUCCAGUUAAAACAGUUGCUCAUCUACGGGGAUGUCCACAGUAAGUCUCUGGUGCUAGCGGAGGCCCGCCUGUUCGACGGCAUUCGCCCUGGGCAACGUCGUCACUGGAAGGAUUUCCCACUGCUCGUGCCCCCAACGUGCCCGUCAAGGCUUAGCAAAUGUCGCGUCAUCGACGUCAGAUAUUGCGUAGCGGUUGAAGCACACUUUUCCGAUUCCGUUUUAUAUGCUGCAGUCCCAGUUACCGUGGUAACCAUCCCAGAAAAAGGACUUAUUCCAAUAAAGUGGAUGUACAGAGAAUGUCCACUGUCCAGCGGGGAGGAUCAGGAGGAGGAGGGCGAUGGAGUCCACUAAGGAUUACCGACCUAAGUAUAAGUACUACGAAGAGAUUAGGGAUGCGAGGAAGGACCGAUAUUACCUGCUGAAACUAAGGCAGAGUCCCGGGAUUCGGAGGCGCCAGUUGGUGGCUAAAGCGGAACUGAGUGCAGGUAUAAGACCCGACAACGUGGACCUGAUCAGCGAGUCUCAUGCAUGAUCACCUCAGUACGGCACGAGGAACUGGGAAUGUCACUCCGGGCGUCAUCGGCAGAUUCCGCCGCGCCAGAUGAUUGAUUGCUGUGUGACGUCAAUCCAUGAUGAAUGCUAGCGUCGUCUGGUGCUUGUGUUCAAGUUAAUAAAUGAAAGUUCGGGCGAUGUUGGAGGUUUGUGAAGGGUUUGAGGUCAGUGUGUCAGAUUCAUAUUUUGAAUUCGUUCAUAGACGAAAGUUGUACGUGUUCUAAAAGAAUCUUUUCGCCGACAACUGACAAGAAGAAAUAUGAUGUCCAUACAGAGAAACAUCAAGAUUUGUGCAGUUUGUGAGAUGUGCGUCCUGGAUAAAUAUAUCAUAAGAAUAAAAAAACCCUAACAUAUCAGCUGCACGAGAACAGGUCAUCUAUGAUGACGUCAAUAAUACCCACUUCCACCGAUUCACCAUUACCGGAUAUCCAUCAUUUGCAAAUGAGAGUUGUCUCCCUGUUAACAUGGCUGCCACCAGCUAGGCCAUUCUCUACAUUCCUCUUCUUGUCAUUCUGCCUGUUUAGUUGUAUAGUGCACUGUCACAUACAGCCGAGCAACUAGGGAGAGGGUUUCGAUCUGAGAUGUCCACACUCCGUUAUGUCAUUUUAGAAACCUGCAUUGAUUUAAACAUAAUAUUUGUCAGUAAAAUUCUGUUUUAACUCUGUUAA